AUGUUUUCAAUUUUAGCAAAUUAUAGUAUUUCUGCAACGACUUCUGAGCAAUCUUAUGCUCCAGCGGCAUCAGAAUCUGAAAACAAAUCUCUUUCCCCAGAAUCUUUACCUUUUCUUCCCAAUCCCGACAGUCCAACUACGGAAGCUGAAGCUGAAACUCUCUCUCCAACAUAUUUUUCUGUUCCUCCUAGCUCUGGCAUUCCUGAUGUUGAAACCAAACCCAACCAAACACUCUCUCAAGAGAACAUUUCCAGUCUUUCCAAUGCUGAUGAACCCUCUCUCGAGACCCAAGGUCAGGAAAAGCUCUCUCAAGACCUUGCAUCUCCUCCAUCCGUUGAUGAUCCUACUCUUGAAACGAACAAAGGUGAUGAAAAUAUCUCCACUUCUCUUUCUCCUACCACUGUUGAUGAUUCUGUUCUUGACACCCGGGAUAUGGAUAAUCUUUCUCAAGAAAAUACAUCUCUUCCUCCUACGAAGGCGGAUCCUCCAGCUGUUGAAACCAAAGAGAGUGAUGAUCUUUUCCAGGAGAACACAUCUCUGCCUCCUUCCCCGAGUGUGGAUACUCCUGCUGUUGAAACCAAAGAAGACGAGAAUGUUUCUCAAGAGAAUCUAUCUUCUGCUGAAAACAAAGACAACGACAUACUGUCUCAAGAGAAUACAUCUGUUCCUUCUUCUUAUUCUCCUAAUGUGGAUGCUCCUAGUCUUGAAGAGAAUAAAUCUCCUGCUCUUGCCCCUGCAAACGUUGACAAUUCUCCAGCUCUUGACACCUCAGACGAUGGGAGUUUCACUCAAGAGAAUCAAUCACCUGUUACCUAUGUUAAUGCCCCAGCUCCUGAAACAAAAGGGGAGGAAGAUAUCACCAGCCAGGAUUAUUCAUCAGCUACUCCUCCCAACACAGAAUCCCAAAAUCCUGAAAAUGUACCUGAACUUAAUGACUACAGCUCUCUACCAAAAACUGCAGUCCCUGCACCAUCAGAAGCAGUCUUAUUCCCAGAAUCAGACCCCACCGUCCAAAUGACUCCUUCAAACGAUGACACUUUUGGUUUAGCUCCAACAAUUCAUCAGACAAUCUUGCCAUUCAACUACAGGGCUGAAGAUGAGCCUGUUGAACCUUAUGAAGAUGAGGACUCUUGGAAUGGAGUGAAUGGAGCUGUGGCUGGAGUUCUGGUUGGUGCUUGUGUUAUUGGGGUGGGAGGAUUUAUUUACCAGAAGAGGAAGAACGAUAAUAUCAGAGCACAGUAUACAUGCUUGGCCAAGAAAGGAGGGGUCUGA